AUGGACAAUUAAAAUUAUAAAGAAAAUUUAAACUGUCAAUAGAAAUUUCCAAUUUGGAGCUUUUAAGAGUGUAAUAAGACUAGAAUCCUUGCAUUAUACUUAGGAAAGCUACCCAAAAGAAAGGAAAUUAAACGUUUAUUCGAAAGAAGUAGAAGUAUAAGAUAGGUUUAAUCUUUCACUUAUAAUGUUGAGACAUUUGUUUUCAAAACUUAAGUGUCAAAAGUCAUCAUUAAAAAUUAUCAGUAAUUUAUAAUAUCAUAGAUGAUAAUGGGGAAUAAAAAUUUAAUAAAAGAAUCUUAGACUACAUUUUACAGUUAUAUAAAGUGUAUCCAAAGUCUAGUAUUAAUAAUAUACUGA